AUGAUCCAAUUACAUUUUCGAAUUCUCACCGGUCUUGUUACUAUCUGUUUUUUCUAUUUUAUUAUUUCGAGAGUAGUGCUGGAUUUAUUUUUCUCUCGUUAUCAGACGGUCCAGACUACUAUUUAUUCACAUGAGCAACAACAAAUAGUAAAAAUAAAACAAAAAUUGAUACUCAUGUGGACAACUUUCUUUAGCGAAUUACCGGAAGAUCGUCUCUACCUCAUGAAUGAAUGCCCUGAUUUAAAGGACAAGUGUAUGGUUACGGCAGAUCGAUCUUUGGUUGACAGCGCUGACGCUGUCAUUUUCCACUUUAUGACUGAAGAUUUUCGCUUAAACGAUUUACCAAAAAGGAGGUCACCAUCACAACGAUAUGUAUUUUUAACGGUAGAAGCACCUCCGAAUUAUAAGCUGUGGCAAAGGGAUGCACUGCAUGCACCUCGUAAUUUUUUCAACUGGACAAUGACAUAUCGAUAUGAUUCAGAUAUCCCAUGGGUUUACGGAGGUUAUUGGAUUAGUCCCGAAAUAAAUAAAGGACUUGGUUUUGAGCCCGAAAACCUGCCUUAUGAUGAAAAAACAAUAUUGAAAAAUAAAAGUAGUGCAAUAUUUUGGUUGGUAUCGAAUUGCAAUACAAUUUCAAAACGAGAAUUAGCUGUUGAGAAACUUGGAAAAUACAUAAUGAUAGAUAAAUAUGGGGCAUGUGCAGAUAAUCCCUACAAACGUGAUGCAUGUAAAAGAGGUUCUGAAUGUGAAAAAGAUCUUGGUGCAAUGAAUUUCUUCUACAUUGCAAUUGAAAAUGCUAUUUGUAAAAAUUAUGUUACGGAGAAAUACUUCGAUCGAUAUCAUCUACCAAGUGUUCCUAUCGUUAUGAGACGGAAGACGUAUGAAAACUUAAUUCCUCAACACUCCUUUAUUCCUAUGGAUGAUUUUGAAAGCGCUCAAGCCAUGGCCAAUUAUUUGAUUGCACUGAUGUCUAAUAAAACAGCUUAUUUGGAAUAUUUUAAAUGGCGUCGCGAUGGUUGGGUUCGAGCGUACCAGAACACUGGAUACAGAUUUCAUUUCUGCAAGUUAUGUGAGGCAUUACUAGAGGAGCGACCAACAAAAAUAUAUGAAGAUGUGGAAGAAUGGUUCCAUGGGACUUCAGAAUGUGAAGGAUCUGAAUUUGCUGAAGGUUGGAAGGAAGAGUAA